GGCGCAUGUGCCACAGCCCCCGCUGCGUCCUGCCCCGAGGGGACUUGGGGCGAGGGGUGGGCACGGGGAGCAUGGAAAGGGGCUUUGUCAAACAGCUUUGGCUGGGGUUUGGGGCAGCCGGAGGGGCUGCACCUCCACUGCCGGCUGCUGGAAAUCCCUGCGCUGCUCAGGCCGCCCGCGCUGCCCGUGAUCCUCGACUGAAACCGUGGAGCUUCACCAUCCCCAAAGCUGGUUGGGAAAUGGCUGAUAAAGCUGCAGCCGCCAUGGAGUGGGUGCGAGGAGCAUCCUCCCCACUGCAGCCCCAGCACCUCCUGUCCCCGUGUCCCCGCCAAGGGGGUCGGGGGGCAGGGGGUCCCCACAAGGAGCAGCCCCAGAGUGCAAAGCCAGGGGUGGUGCAGCCGCUGCCUCCCGCACCGACAGAGCCAGGCAGCCAAGGCUGAACAGUGGGACGAGGACCAGCAGUAUGGGGAAAGGAAACUGAGCUGAGCUGCUUGGAAAUUUGCUGUCACAAUAUCAUCUGAGACUUCAUCUACCAGCGGCAGUCAGGAAAUCUCUGAUUUGACGGUGGACAGCGGACAGACAGAUCUGCACUUUUGGGGCUUCUUCAAAUUCGGAAUUGUAGAUGGAUGCUUGGCCGCCAGACCGUCUCUGUCCGCCAUUGUCAAGGAUGGGGGCGUGGCUUUCAGGAAGCUGAUGGCCCUAGCCAAGUCACUCAAGAUGGCAGAACUCUGCACAUCUGUGUGGGCUGCCCUGAUGGCCAUCGGGACUCUCAUCGGGGCUGCCAUUGGGGUUGCCGUGAUGUGAGCCCCCACAUUCCUCCCAGGACCCUCACUGCUGUUUGCUGGGACCCCCUGCAUCUCUCCCGUGCACCCCUUCCCCCCCACGCUGUAUCUGACCCCCGCAAACAAACACGUCCCAAAGCCGAGCUCCGACUCUUCCUCCGGUCCUGAUACGCCCAGCAGGGGGGGCCGGGGCGGGACUGUUUCGGUUCCGCCGUCAUUUCAGGGCGACGGGCAGCGCAGCCGCAAUGAAAAACAUCGCAAGAAUGACCAUUGGAGCGGCUCUCGGAGCAGGAUUGUUACUUGUUGGCAUCCCGAUGGCCAUCGGUGCGCUGGGCUUUACUUCAGCUGGCAUCGCUGCGGGGUCCGUGGCUGCCAAGAUGAUGCCGGCAGCUGCCAUCGCCAACGGCGGAGGAGUGGCUGCCGGUAGCAGCGUGGCCGUGCUGCAGUCCAUCGGAGCUGCAGGCUGCUCUCUUGGUACCAAAAUUGGGCUAGGGACGCUCGGUUCAGCAGCUGGCGCCACACUGUUCAAGAGGAACACUCCCAAGUGAUGCCAAGGAGGUGCCAGCGCCCACGGUUCUUGCCAGGCCAGGCCAGAGCCGGGAAGCCCCUGCAGACCCCCUGCGACUCAUCUACCCUCCUAAGAGCUGCGGAUCUGCUUGAGCAAUGAGUGGAUUGAACCCAACAAAGAUGCUUUGCAGGUG